GGAAAUAAACACAGUGUUCUCCUCCGCUGCCUCUCUGAAUGGAAGUUUUCUCAAAACGAGUUGUGAUGAUCAUUAUCAGACGUCUGAAGAGCAUUGUGGUUUGGAUUUUGAUCUGGUUAAAACAUCCUUUGCAAAGUUAUCAGAGAAUAAAAGCUUGAUAUCAGAGGUAGUGAAGGUGGUUGAACAGAUGCUGCGAUCUCUGAAUCCAAAUCCAGUUGGUGUUGAAUCGCUGAGAGUUUAUCUUCUCCUCCCUGA